UUUAACUGGUCCGUCAGAAAUAAUCCUCCGUACGUAAAUGUAGGGGAAAUAGUGGAUAUGGCAGCAAUAAUUGAGGAAAACGGUCCUUCGACUCAUGAGCACCCCGACGUGUCCUCGUCCGGCCAGGCCAGAUACAAUCUAGAGGGGCUCCUGAACAAAAAUAUGAGGAUCCGUAUGACAGACGGACGGACCCUGGUGGGACUUUUCCUCUGCACAGACCGGGACUGUAACGUCAUCCUCGGCUCAGCUCAGGAGUUCCUUAAAUCCACAGACAUGUUCUCCCAGGGUGAACCCAGGGUCCUGGGCCUGGCCAUGAUCCCUGGUCACCACGUGGUGUCCAUCGAGGUGGAGGCAGACAGUUUGGAUGACACACAAGGAUUUCGAGUGAACCACUGAUGAAGCCCCGCAUGUUCGCACAACACUCUGAAUUCAUGCGACUGAGUCUCAGUGAGCCAGCUGUAAGGCUGUGGUGGAGCCAAAACAAGACUGCACAUCUUGACUGGAGGAUUUAUUCAGUUGCUCAGCCUCUACUGAUACAGAACUCUUGAAUUUAACCACCUCCCUCCCUGGUCUAUGUACAGUGCAGCGUGUGUGCGUGUGUGUAUACAGCAGUUACUGUAUGGAUGCGGUUCAGUGUUGUGUACAGUAAAAGUCUUUGUUACAAUGUGUUUUAAAGUAAAAUUGAUGUUUGCA